GAUAAGAGAUAAGUCACCUGAAGAUAAGAUCCCAUCGAUCAUCAUCGUCGUCAUUCAUCCAUUCCAUCAUCAAUUUCCCAUCUCAACCCCGCGGGUUCACUUGAGAAAUGUCACAACUCAACCCUGCCCCGCCCUCGACUUGCCUCAAUGCCCCCUUCUAGCACACCCUUUCGCGUUCCCUCUUCUCGUCGUCCCAAUUCCUCCGCUCGGCCCAACACUGGUCCCCAGUUCGCGUCAACACCCCGUUUCGUCCUCUCCCAGCAGACCCCUCGCUCAGCCGCACAGGUACAUGGCAAAGAUAACCUCACUGAUGGCGAUGAAUCUUCUCAAUCCACCCCUGUCGCGAAUAUACGGGCCGCCACAAGAGACCAAGAUAUAAGGCCAACCCAGCGCCAGAAAGAGACAAUUGAAGACUCCGAUGACGAACUAGAUUACAACGGAGGAACCCACCGGGCCUUUCCAGACGACAUCACUGGGAGCCCAGACCUGGAUAGUAGUCCACCAGGCGACGCAGGCGAGCUGGAGGCCGAAUUCGAAGCUCUCUUCGGACCGACGACGACACGAACAAAGCGAAGACGCGCAUCGCUUGACCAUGAGACACCCUUCACCCAGCGGAGGAAACACGAUGAUGAUAUAAUUCAGACGUCUUCCCCAGAGGGACCAUCGCCCACGAAGGAUCGCACUCAACAACAAUUCCAAACUCCGAACCAGAUAUAUCCCGACAUAAUCCCUCAGCGAACCACCACUACUCCCCAACAUUCAACACCAGCAACCAUCAAACCCUCUCAACGCAACAACCCUCGCUUCAUGUCAUCAGCCUCCCAGGCAUUCUCAAGUACCCAGCCCCAGCCCCAGCCAAGCUCUCGACCACUCCCCUUUGCUACACCGGGACCGACCUCCCCGAAACGGAAACCGGCGUUCGUUCUGCCGCGCUCGCCAUCCCCAUCUCAGGCCGCUGAAGAUCCUUCCGCUAUCCCUACCCCAUUUUCACCUUCAUCUCACACGCUCCGUGGUCGUGGCCGUCACCGCUCUGCAGCCCCUAGUUAUCUACCCGGCGGCAUGGCGGCUGAAGUGCGCAGCUGGAUAUUAGAAAUGAGCACCAAGCGAGAACAGAUGCACAUGAACCAUCGGAACCGCACCGGAGCCGGACCUGAUCUGCAGAAGUAUUUCCUCGUCAUUCGUAUCGCGGAUGUCCGCCAGUCCGCCCUCGCUAGUUCUGGGCCGCUUGCUUUCGUGCGAGGCAAACCUGUGACGUCACUGGAUGAUGAUGAAGACGCUUCUGGUAAUCGUGAGGGCAGUGAGAUGAGGAGCAUUCUUCUUUUAGGGGCCCCGCGCUCCCAGCCGGCUGGGUUGUCGUCGCAGUAUCCAGAUGCUAGUCGUGUUCCUGGACUGGUUAGGGGGAAUCUUGUUGGUGUUCAUCGGGGAUUGGUCUGGGAGUUAGAUUUGGAGGAUAGGCUGUCUGGAUAUGAUAUACCAAGUGAGCCCGAUAGCGAUGGACACGGGCAAUCUAGGACCACGACCAAGUGGCUGGUGUGUAUGGAGUGGGAUUUGAUAUCAGUAGAUUGAUAGAUGGUUACCGUGGCUAUGUCCUGAUAUUUGUUUACGACUGUAUAUACUACGCAUGAUACCCCGGGCUUGACAUAACUAUAUGUGAAUGAUUUCCUCCCCCGUGGGAGAGGUCGAUACAUUUCGUUAGAUGACAUAUAUACAAAGAAUCAGAGUACAAAGUCUAACGCAAUGCUUUUAUCCAACCCCAUAUUAAAGCGAACCGGACGCCAAAAACAACCACAGCAGUCAUGGGUCAAAUCAAUCAAACCCAGCCGUCUCCUUCGAAACAACCUUCAAAGCAUCAACCGCAACAUUACAACCCCACUUGAUUAACUUCUGUUCCUUCCCGGAAACAACGUCCGACUUGGACACGACCUUGCGCAGGAAGAAGAUCAGGCCCUUGACAAUCUGGGGCGUUUCACGAGUGCGGAUGAAGAUUUCCAUCAGAGCCUUCUCGUCCUUCUCGUCGUCGGAUUUCUUGGCGUGC